UGCUGGGAGUAGUCAGUUGGCCUUGGAAACAUGGCGUCGCACUGACAGCCUAGUGACUCCGGUUCGUGUAUCCAGGCAUUGACUCAGCGGCUCGGCUGGCAGCGAGGCUAAUUACGACGUUAUCUUCAUACCGGCAUUAUGCAAUUUCUGGAAUUGCAGUUUUCCGCCUAAAAGGACUGCAGCUUCAACGGCGCGACGCAGUAGCGGAUUUUAAACAAGUGUCACGCCCACUCUGUUCGGUAACGUUAUAGGGUUUCGUUAGCCCCGCUACUGCUAACCAAGCCAGCUAGCAUCCGCUGUUCGUACUAGAAUAAUGCAUUGUAAAGAGGACCUACCACUCCUAUUCAUUCGCUGCCUGGCUGUCUUCUGCUAGCUUAACUGACACUGCGGUCUGUCUUGUCAGACCCCUUUUGUCAGAUAAGACCACAGCGGCAACAACACUAUGUUCCGGAGCGCGAGUUGGCUGAUUGGGGCGUUUCUGUCAUUCUGUCACUGAAUUUUUAAUGUUCGACCCUUUUGGCAUCAUUGUCGGAGGAGAGAGCGAUGGGCUCCGGGGCUGUGGAUUCAUCCCAGUGGCUUUCGGUGAAGGAGGAGACCAUUUUUCUCCACGACGGACUCAUUCGGGUCACCGAUCUGGCCGAGCUCCCCAGUGAAAUUGGGGUGUCAGAACAAGGGGACACCGAGCAAGAGAUUCUGACAUUUGAAACCAAGAACCCAGUAGAACUUGCAGAGCGCCUUCGUGCAGUCUGCGGGAAUCAGAGCAACGCAUAUGCCCGUCUGCUGGAGUACCGCCUCAAUGCUCUGCGUGGCCUGUGGGGGGCGCAACGGCAGCUGGCUUUGGAGGAGCAGCAGGAACGGGAUGGAACCGGAGGGGCUGACGAGGAGACCUUAGCCUUGCUCAAAAGACAGGGUCUGCUCCAGCAACCCGAACAGGCUCCCUUCACUUCCCGCGUUGGCCUGCUGUUAGUCUUCCCCCUUCUUCAGUCCCAAACUCGCAGCGACCCGGCGCUCUGCGGGGUCACGGCUGAAGUCCUCCUGUCCUGCCUGCGGGAUUGCCAGCCUCUCAGCCUCAGCAAAGAACCCUCCGACUGUCUCAAUGGGCUGGAGGGACUCCUGUGCUCCUGGCUGGAAGAUGGCGCUCAGGAGUCAGGCCAGCCUCACGGGCAGGGACGUUCACAGGCUCUCCACACACAGAGGCAGAGGGAAAAUGCUGCUGCUGCUCUAGUGGCUCUUGCAUGUGCCAGGGGGUCACUGAAGACCUUCAUUCACACAGUUCACCUGCUGCAGAAACAAACAGACCUGGGCCAACUUCCUGUGGCAGAUGUCCUUUAUAGACUUUUGCUCCUCGAAGGAGGUCCUGGCUCACCCUCCUGCCUUUUGGGCGGCAAGCACAGCGUGUCGUGGGGGUUUGAAGACAUGCUGCCCACCCCUGAUAAUUCUGCUGGAGGAGCAGAAGCAAAAGAUACAGACCUUGGGCGCUGUCUUGCCACAGAUGGGCUAUAUCUAUACACCACCAAUUCCUCUGGGAGAGGACUCAGCAAGCUUGGCUCUGGUUUACAUGGGACACUGAGGGGGUUUGUGUAUUGCCGGAAUGAAGAGCUGGAGCCUGGCUGGGUUGUGUUCAGCAGUGGACGCCUCCUCCAUCGCCCCUCCUCCUUUGAUGCCAAGCCUCAUCAGCUCUGUCAGGUUGUCGAUCCUUUCACCCUUCAGGUGUGCCAGAUUGUAGCCAUGCCAGCGCAACACCUCCCUGUGGGCAGCAGCAUGACCACACUGCACCUCUGCUCAGACGGAACUUAUCUGUACUGGGUCUGGUCUCCGGCAAGUCUGAACGAGAAGACACAGAGAGGCCACUCUGUCUUCAUGGAUGUCUUUCACCUUUCUACGCAGACAGCGUUGUGUGUUGCAGACAUCUUACAGGAAAGAGUUAUUCUCACUCGCAAAGAGGGCGAGUCUUCCAAGUGCUUGAAUGAACUUCUCCUGAGUCGAAUGUCACGCUUCCGGGCCUCCCAUUCUGCCACAUUGGCUGCUCUUACAGGCUCUGCAAUCACAAACACAGUGAAAGAGGAACAGUCUGGUAAUGCUGUCAACACUAGCUGUGGACUUCCUCUGAAGACUCUGAGGAAAACCCCAAUGUAUGUGUGUGGAACUUAUCUAGUAAUGCUGGUCUCACCUCCGGGUGUCUCUGGGAGUUCUGCCACCCGCUCCCUGUUUGGAGGUACCAGCAGCCUGUCCUCACUGAAAAUUUUGGCUUCCAGCCUGGUCUUUAACCUGGCCGACGGUCAGUUCAGCAGCCGUGCAGACCUCAUCGAUGCUCCUGGCAGUUCUCUGGGCAGAGGAGCCCAGGUGGCAGGACUUGGAGCCUGUUAUGAUGCACUGAACAACUUGAUCUGGACCUGCUCCAGUGAUUACAUUGAUCAGUGGUGCAAUCCUGGAAACCAAGCGUUUCAUCAUGUGUGCCAUAGGCUCGGUGUUAGCCAUCUCAUCAAAGAACCCAAAGAGGAAACUGUGGCGACCGGCGACGUGGUCAAUCAGCUGCUUCAUCAUGUAGGUGCUAUGUGUAUCCACCAACUCAACCUGCUGGCAGCUAGCAGCAACAGCUUGCCUCUGGGAGCCCUGCUGGGUAAACAACACCCCAUCGAGGCCUGUCACUUCAGCAGCAUCUGUGACAUUAUGGAGAGAGCCAUGGUGAAUGGAGACACCUGCAUCAUCCGCUGCAUCCUGGUGGUGUUCCAGGUAGUGUUUCGGUUUUUUAACCCUCAGUCGGAGCAGAAUAAAGACAGCGUGCGUCGGUCCGGCCUGCUCCUGUGGCAGCUCCUCAUGGCUCCAUUGGAUCAGAUAGGAACGGAGAUUCAGAGAGAGGUGUGCCUGGCCAUCAGCUCAGGCCUCAAUAUUUUGUACCAAGGGGAGGCUGAACUCAAUAAACUGCUGAAACUUGUUCUAACAGAAGGUGAGAGGAACGGUGGUCUUUCUCAGCUUCGGGAUGUUAUCCUCACCAACCUUUCAGGCCAGCUGCAAAAGAACCGGUUUGGAAGUGAAGAAGAUGACCACUACAUAUUGAAUGAUGAGCUGCUGCACUGUAUCCUCAAAACUGUAGUACGAGAAUCCUGCCUCCUCAUCACCAAAUGUCAGACUGUCGCCAGAGAUGACUUCCAAAAGCUGCUCUCCACUGUACCAGUGGUCUCGCCUAGUCUGCGCUACCUCAUGGCUGUUCAAAACCACCUCCUCAGUAACUCUAUUCUUAUCCGUCCGGAUGAUAACGACGACAGUGACAGCUCCCUACAAGGGGAAACAAUGAAGGUACAGGAACUGCAGAGCAGCAUCCUCUCCCUGGCCACCAAAGUCCUGGUCGGAUGUGAUGAAGUCCUGGAGACCCUGCAGCAAGUGACCACAACUCUGAUUAACAGCGAAUUACAUGACAGAGAGACGAGGUUAAAAGGCUUAGAACAAGUCACCAAAGCCACCAUGCUUGGACAUUUGUUACCAGUGUUACUCACAUCUUUGAUGCACCCCAACUUGCAGACCCUAACACUUGCUGAUGCCCUCAUGCCCCAGCUGGUGCAGCUGGUGCUCUACACCAGCCAGACUGCUCUGUUGCUUAAGACUCAGUCUCCACUUUUCACUGAUGAGGCUCAACCUCCAGGUGGCUGUUUAGGGCAGGGAGCCAAAACAUGUUCUGUUGAUGACAAAAUUCUUGAUGAACGAGAGGAGCCAGGUUUCCUGACCGGACUGAAAAUCCCUGCUCCGUGGGCUGCUGGAAAAAACGUAGAGACAGUCCAUCCGGUUAGGGAUAACUACAAGUUCAAGGAGACGGUGCACAUCCCCGGAGCCCGCUGCCUCUACCUACGCUUUGAUUCUCGCUGCUCCUCGCAGUAUGACUAUGACAAGCUGGUCAUCUAUGCUGGACCCAACACCAAUAGUCGUAAAGUAGCAGAAUAUGGAGGAAACACUCUGGGCUAUGGCAGUCGCAGUGUGUUGGGGACAGGAUGGCCAAAAGACCUUGUAAAGGUUGAGGGAGACACUGUUACAUUUUCUUUUGAGAUGAGGAGUGGUCGCGAACAUAACACCCCCGAUAAAGCCAUGUGGGGGUUCUCCUGCACUGUCAGAGCACAGGAGUCCUCCGAGGAUGUCUCCGGAGGCCUCCCUUUCCUCGCCGACCUCGCACUCGGUCUGUCAGUGCUGGCUUGCUCGAUGCUCCGCAUUCUGUACAACGGGCCAGAGGUGACAAGAGAGGAGGAGGCUUGCCACGAUUUGCUUUGCUCAAAGCUGCUGCAAAGGUGUCAGUGGCAGGUUGAAGCAAAUGGUGCUAUUUCUCCUGCUCUCACUCCUAGUCCUUCACCCCUACCACUCACAAUUGAAGAGGACAGAGAGUUCACCUACCCGUCUGACGUACUCAUCCCACCUCCAGGUCUAAUGCCUGGCACGUACUUUGACCUACCUCGCAUCCGCCUUCCACCUGGCGUCAUGUGCAGGCUGAGAGAAGUGUCUGGAAGGGCUCGACCACAGUUCCGUCCAAGCAUCAAGGAGGUGAUUCGGCCGGAUGUAAUGGAGGAGGUUAUUGUAUCCUGUGUCAUAAAACAUCUAAGCCUGGUAGAUGCUCUUCAGUCACUCGUCAACUAUCAGUACCGUGAAGAUCAUGCAGAGGAGUAUGACCUGGUCUGUAAGAUCAUGGCUGAGACCUUCAAGAAAAUCAAUGCGAUGGAGCGUCAGCUGCAGAGUGUCGCAGAGUUGGAACAGAAGUGGCAGAAUGAAGUGGACGAAGCGCAGCAAGGAAAGCUGGAGAACAACACCCCCUUUUUUCAUGACUACCACUUCUUUGAGAACAAAAUGAAGGAGCUGGAGUUGCUCUGUUCCCUGAAGGAGGUUCCCUUUGAUUUUAACGACUUAGAAAAUGUUGUUCUUGCACUGAGGGAGAAGUUCUUCCAGGAGGUGAAUGUGGCUCACAUCAAAGACAGCACCCCACUUGUGAAAACUAAAACACUGGUUAGAAGUCUGAUGAACCGCUCUGAGCUGCUUCUCCACGUUACCAUCGCUCCACACUGCAGAAGCCUGACCAGCACACCUGCUGGUACAUCAAGCACAGCGUCUAAGUCAGUAUCAGAUGCCAAAACGGUGAUUCCAAUGGUCAAGCAGCCCGUCUUCUUGCGCAGCAUGUCUGCACCUUCGGAUUUGGAGAUGAUUGCUAACCAAGACUUAGAGUUUACACAUGCGCCUCAAAGAAGACGACACCACCCGACUAGCCAUCGCAGCAGCUCCUUCACCCUGCUGCAGUCUCUAGCUAUGGAAGACAGCAGGGACAAGCCAACGUAUAGUGUGCUGUUGGGACAGCUCUUUGCGUUUAUUGGGACUUCACCUGACCAAGCUGUGUCAAGCAGCAGCUUUCUGUCAGCUGCACAGACGCGCUGGAGACGAGGAAGUACCCGCAAACAAGCACUCGUUCACAUGAGGGAAUUGCUUACUGCUGCUGUAAAAGUGGGUGGGGUCACACAUCUUGUGGGGCCUGUCACUAUGGUGCUGCAGGGUGGCCCAAGAACGGAGGAGCUGACCUGUGGAGGGAUGGUAGAGCAGGUGCAGGAGGCCUUUGGAGAGACCAUGACAUCUGUAGUGUCGUUGUGUGCUCGCUACCCCAUUGCUUGUGCCAACAGUAUUGGCUUGCUUUGCACAAUUCCAUAUACUAGGUGCGAGGAACAGUGCCUUGUUCGAAGUGGUCUCGUUCAGCUGUUGGACAGCUUGUGUAGUUUAAGCGGUCAGAGAGAGUGCAGCUCAAAUGAGAAACAAACCAAGAAGCAGAAAGUAGCUACCAUGGCUUGGGCUGCCUUUCAGGUGCUGGCCAACCGAUGCAUAGAGUGGGAGAAGGUGGAAGGUGGUUCCACAGAUGCCGUUCAUUCUGGCCUGGCAAGGCAGGUGUCCAGCCUGCUAACCAAUCACCUGGCCAGAGCAACAGAGUGCUGUGGGAAUCAGGCAGCUGGAAAUGAUGCUUUACAGGACGUGCUGAGUCUCCUUAAUGAUCUUUCAAGAAGUCACAUAGGGAAAGCCAUUCUAAGCCAGCCUGCUUGCGUUUCAAAGCUUCUGUCUCUUCUGCUCGACCAGAGACCAUCUCCAAAGCUUGUCCUUAUCAUCCUGCAGCUCUGUCGUGCUGCCUUGCCUCUAAUGAGUGUGGAGGACUGUGGUAAUGUAGCUCUACCAUCAUGGAGCUACUCUAUAAACACCCUGGAUUCAGAGCAGCCAGAUGCCAACGACCCAGCCUCACGGAUAGCUGCCUUGCUGCUGGCAAAGCUGGCAGAUUACGUUGUCCCAGGUUGUCAAACCCUUCUCUCCCCGAGCUUCUCUGAGCCAGACACCAGCCUGUCCCGAGCCACUUCCAAAGGGGCCAUUAAGUCUGAGGAUGCUGGGGAGGAAGCAGAGGCAGUUGAUGGUAAACUGUCGAUUUUUAUCCAUAAGAGAGAAGAUCAGUCGUCUCACGAGGUUCUACAGCCACUUCUGAGCAGUUCUGAGGGGCGUCCCUUUAGACUUGGCACAGGGGCCAACAUGGAAAAGGUGGUGAAGAUGGACAGAGAUAUGACAAAGAAUGGAUGCUGUGAGGUGGUCACAGAAGAAGCAUCUGCUGCUCUACGGAAGGCUAACAAGUGGGCUCAGUCUGGACUGAUAGUUAGUGUUGGUCCACCUGUAGAGGCUUUGGCUCAGGAGACGGCAGGAGGCAUAACCGCUGGAGACAAGAAGAAAACCACACAGACUGUUGUUUGUAGGGACAGGAAUGCCGAGUUAGCCAGGUCAGAUCCUGUACGGCCAUUUAUAAGUGGCCAUGUUGCCAACAGUAUGGCUGCUGAGGUUAUUGCACUGCUGCACAGUUUGCUGACUGCUCCAGAGUCCAACACUGCACAAAUUUGGACAAGCACUGUGGAAAAAGUUCUGUCACGCGCACUGAUGUUUAUCCCUCAGCUGGGGAAGUAUGCUGAGAGUAUUUUGGAGAAUGGCAGCAGCAGUGGCAGAAGACUAGCUAAACUGCAAGCUAUUGGCAGACAAGCUGUUGCUGCUCUCUGUGCGCUAGGAGGCUUCAAAGAAACUAUUAAAAUUGGCUCUGAGGUCCAGGUGGUAGGUAAAGGUGUUCUUGGCAGCGUGGGCGUUGUUAUGUCCAUAAACGAGCAAGAGGGAAUUGCAACCGUCAAAUUACCUUCAUGUGAGUACAGGAGAACCUGCAAAGCCUCAGAUAUUCUGACAGUUCCGGUGUCGCGCCUCUGCACUCCCAGAUCCGAGGCGCUUCCUCUCUACAAGCUCUCAAUCACAGAAAAAGUAGUCCAAGCUGUGCAGUCCAUGCUUCUGCCCCAAGAGGGCAGUCUGUCCAUUCACACGUCUCUUCCAGCCACAGGGGAUGGCUCCAGCCCAGUGAUGGCUGCUGUGCGGCUGUUAGCAGAGAUUCGAACUAGAGCAUGCCUGGUGAUGGCACAGCUCUUGGAAGACAGUUCCUUCUGUGAAGAAUUUAUUCAGCAAUGUCCGGCUGCUGUUGAAGUUCUUAACUUGGUUGCGCAGGAGUGUAGUCCUGGGGAACGGCUCAGUGUGGUUGAGGCUCAGUGUGAACGAGUGCGAAUGCUUUAUCGAGACUGUGCUCGUCCACCCCCUCCACCUCUGCAGACCGACAGACGGCAGCCCAAGGAGAUCACUUGGUGUCCAUCCAGAGUGUUCCCACCAGUCCGUGCCUGCAUGUUCUCUGCCCGACUCACUUCUGUCACUUUUUUGGCUGACCCAAGUGCAGGAGGAGGGCUGCCUCGAGGAACCUUUAUCUAUGCCACCUCUCCUAUACCAAUCCAGGCACCAUCCUUUUACUGGGAGAUAGAAGUUGUCUCCUAUGGAGACUCUGAGGAGGACAGUGGCCCCAUUGUGUCCUUUGGUUUUGCCACAGAGGCAGAGAAGCGAGACGGAGCGUGGACCAAUCCCGUUGGCACAUGUCUAUUUCACAAUAAUGGCAGAGCGGUGCAUUAUAAUGGCUCCAGUCUACUGCAGUGGAAGAGUGUCAGGCUGGAUGUGGCUCUACUUCCUGGUGACGUGGCUGGAAUUGGCUGGGAACGCUCAGAGGGCACCCCUCCACCCCCAGGUCAUGCCCCCAAAGGCAGGGUCUACUUCACCUACUGUGGCCAACGACUCAGCCCAUUUCUGGAUGAUGUAGCAGGUGGAAUGUGGCCUCUGGUCCACAUCCAAAAGAAGAACUCAAAGAUUCGCGCGAACUUUGGAAGCCGUCCUUUUGCAUAUGCAGAAGGCCAAGCUCACCGGAACGCAGCCGAUUUGUGUGUAGAUCUUGCGGAAGAAAUAAGUGCAAAUUUUGAAGCACUCCCCUUUGCCAUGGCCUCAGACAGUGACAAUGAUGCAGGUGCAAGUGUUACCUCAGACUCUGGCUCCCAUGGGCCACCUUGUCGAAUUGCAGCUGUUGCAGUUGCUCAACAGCAGUACAACAGUGACCUCUCAUGCCACUACAAGGUUGAGCUGAGCUAUGAAAACCUGGUUACCUCUGGACCUGAGCCCCAUCCCCCACCUAUUGCAGAUGAUGAGAGUGACGAUGAGGAUGAUGAUGAUGUCCCAAGAGAGGAUCAUUACGCUCUUCUGGUGAAGGCUUGGGAGACGAAAGUGUUCCCUACAAUUCGGAGGCGAUUCCGUAACGAGGCAGAGAGGAAAUCAGGGCUUGACCAAAUUAAGGGAGCCCUGCAAUUGGGCAUGGUAGAUAUUGCAAGGCAGACCGUGGAGUUUCUUUAUGAAGAGAAUGGUGGCAUCCCUCGCGAUCUCUACCUUCCUACAAUCGAGGACAUUAAAGAUGAGGCCAACAAGUUCACCAUUGAUAAAGUCCGCAAAGGGUUGACCGUGGUCAUCCGCUGCCCUGACAUCAACAACACCACCAGUUCAACGGGGGGAACAGCAUUGCCUAAAUUUGCCAUCAGAGGCAUGCUGAAGACCUUUGGUUUGCACGGAGUGGUGCUGGAUGUGGACUGUGCAAAUGAACUGGUGCAGGUGGAGACUUACCUGCGCAGUGAAGGUGUUCUGGUCCGAUACUGGUACCCCAUUGAAAUGCUCGAGCGCCCGCCCGCUGGUUCUCGACGCACCGCAGCGAAUGGUUUAGUCUCACUGGACAGUAGCAACAUUCAGAUUCAUAGGGAACUUCUUCGCUGUGAGAGCGCGCUGGCUCGAUUAUACUGCCGCAUGGCCUUGCUCAACAUCUUUGCUCCCAAGAAUCCGCACACAUUCACUCGCCUCUUCCACAUACCUGCCAUUCGUGACAUCACUUUGGAACACCUGCAGCUUCUUUCCAAUCAGCUGUUGGCUCCUCCCCUCCCUGAUGGCACUAUUAGUUCUAGUUCUAUUCUACUGGCUCAGUCUGUGCUUCACAACCUUGAAGGCCAGAGCUGCUCUCCCACAGACCUGUUUUAUCAGGGUAAUGCUCAGCCCAUUCGGGAAUGGUUGACAGUGGCCAUUACUCGUGCCUUGCAUCAAGGAGAGGAGAGUCUACUGGAUCUUACAAAGCAGAUCUGCUGUUUUCUUCAGAAUGCACCUGAACAGUUCACAUCAGAGGAGUUCCCUGUUUCGGAGUCAAAGGUUAGCAUGGAUGUCAGUUUUCCAGGUGCUGCAUUUGUGAUUGUGUCCUGCAAAGAAAGCCAGCUUGGCUGUCGCAAAGACUCAAGUCUGUACAAGGCUCCCUGGGCUCACGUGAUGGUGUACUGCCUGGGUCACAAAGUGCGUAAAAAUGGUCAGCUAAAUCUAAUGGAGGCUGUGUGUUACCCUCUGGAUGCCUCGCCAACCAACACAGGCCUUACCCCCCCUCCCACCACCAACCAGUACCCCUCUGUCAUCAUACCAACGGAUAAAGUGCACAUUAAAUUAGGAGUGUCGCCCCCUCCUGGCGCUGUACUGGUGUUGCAUUCCUUGCCACUAGAGUUCCCUCUGGCCAUGGCAUUUGCUGAGCAGCUACUGACAUGGAAGCUGGGAGAAAGUAUUGAGCGAUCAGAGGACGAGUUGGACACAGUGCCCUCUUCAGUGCUGCUGCAAGUGGUGGAGCUUCUAGGUGGCUUGCUUUGGACCACUGACUUGGCUCCCUCCAUUAAAGAACUCAUCUUUCACUUGCUGGCAGAGCUUUUGAGGAAGAUUCAUCACUUAGAGCAACGGAAGAGUCCUACUGGUCUUUCCAGCUCCAUUGCUCUGCUACUUAACCCCUGCCUUGCAGUGCUUAUGGCACUGCAAACAGAGCUCCGCAAGCUUUAUGAUCGGGAAACUCAGGGCUGGACUGCUGGAGUGGCCGGCACUGGGGGGUCUUCAUCCGGAGGUAUGCCGCUGGCUUUGGGGGCUGAGCAGAGCCGGUUCUCAACGUACUUCCACGCCCUAAUGGAGGUGUGUCUAGCUGUGGCAGAGGUCACUCUUCCAUUGAAUGUUGGCAGCUCUUCAGUGGGAACGCUGUCCUCUAACAGUGCUCCCAACCUUAGCGAUUCCUCCUCAUCCUCCUCAUCCUCGCCAGGCCAGACACCCCAGAGCCCUAAUUUGCUGUCCAAACGAAAAAAGGUAAAGAUUAAGCGGGAGAGAGCUGCAGCUGCAGUGGCAGCCGUAGUUUCGGGAAAACGUGGAAGCGGAGGUGCGAGACUGUCAGAGAGCGACAGCGCCCUUCUCAACAUGGCAGGCAGUAAGCCCGAGGACAUGCUCUGGUUCCACCGCUGCCUCACUCUCCUCAUGAUCUUGCGGCACCUUGCCAGCAAGGACCCGCAGGGUCUGAGUGUGACCUGCGAUGCAGUGACGGACGCCUGCCAGGCCCUGGUGGGUCCCACUGCCCACAGCCGGCUCCUCGUGCUCUCAGGAAUCCCCACUCACCUGGAGGAGGCCGUGGUCCGAAAUGCCAUUCGCAGGGCGUGCAAUUCGCACGGAGGGCUCUUCAAAGACGAAAUCUUCAUCCCCCUGCAGGAGGAGGAUCCCAAGAAGAAAACAGGAGAUGCAGCGGUAAGCCCUCAGGAUGGCAAGGGAAGUUCUGAACCUGAGCGUCCAUUUAAUACCAGUGGAGGACCUGGAAGUCCUGAUAGCUCCAGCAGCGUCACUCCAGCUAUGAGUGUAAGUGCUUCGGCUUCCACCAGCCAGACCUCCAUCUGCAGCUCCUCUCAGGGAGUUUCCCGCACGGCCAGUGAACUUUCUGUUGAUCAGGAGCCAAUAGCGGUUCCUCCUCUUUCUCAUGCUGCCGCUGCGGCUGUGGCGUACACCCAGCAAGGCGCGCACGACCCUCUGACGGUGUCUAGUCAGGAGAGCCUUGAUACCUCUCUGUGUAGCACAGGAAGCCUCGGCAGUUUGGGCAGCCUGGGAGAGCCUCUGGAGAACACAGAGACGACCUCGGUGGAUGGCGCCUCUCUACAAACAGUCGCUUCCAUGGAUAACAGCGCAGCCACAGCCAGACCCAUCAAAGGCUAUGCAGUCAUUGAGGUUCGCUCUCGGGCCAAAGUGGAAAAGAUCCGUGCCAGCCUUUUUAACAGCAGUGACCUGAUCGGCUUGUCCAGCUUGGAAGGAGAGGAAGAGCUAAUGGAGUUGACAAAUGAAGAGAUCCUCACCGCUUCCAGUGUUAACCAAAGUUUGUUCGACACCCAGGGGAGCUCUGCUCUUGAGGACUACUUCCUGGAUAAAUCAAUCAAAGGGGACAAACUUGUACCCGGAGCACGAGACGUUCUCACAGACAUUUUUAAGAGCUGUGUGCAGUCAGAGCAGAUGCUCAGCCUCACACCAACCAAACCGGUGAAGGUGUCGGACAUUUACCUCAGCAAAGAGCAGAUCAACUCUCAGACUCCAGGAAACCUGCUUCAUACUUUCUUCACUAAUAUCCGGCCUCCCAAGAAAAUGCUUGAAGAUCAGCUUACUCAGAUCCUAAGAAAGUAUGGAACAACCAAGCCGAACAAGAACAAGUACAGCAAGGCAGGAAAAGAACAGCAUCAAGGGAAGGUAGUGAGUACCAAGAGACCCAUUACCAAACCUCCAACAAAGGAAAAGUCUGUACUCAACAGCGUCAGGACUGCACUGAGUGAGAAGAAGACAGUUUUAAAGCCCAAAUCCCCAGAAAAAUCCAGACCUCCUGAUGAGAAAGAUCUAGAAAAAUCCCCUGCCAAAAAAACUGAGGUUCCAGAGGAAAAGUUCUUGACCCUGGAAGGCUUCCACAGAUUUUCUCUUGAUCGUGCCAAGCAGGACGUCCGUAGCGUCUGGAGGGCCAUUCUGGCCUGUGGUUAUGACCUUCACUUUGAAAGAUGCACUUGUAUUGAUACUCGUCACGCCCAGAAGGCUUCUCGAAAGUGGAGCUUGGUGAUGGAUGUGGCGUUGGUGCAGUACAUCAACAGAUUGUGCCGACACCUGGCUAUCACGCCAGCCAGACUGCACCCCCAUGAAGUGUACCUGGACCCCAGUGAUGCUGCUGAUCCCCGUGUGGCCUGUCUGCUCAACGUGCCUGUGGAGAGCUUGCGCCUGCGCUUUGCUUUGCUGCAGUCGCUCAACAACACCCUGGAGAGUUUCUUUCUCCCUCUAGUGGAGCUAAGACAGACACACACGUAUCAGAACAGCAUUGCCGCUCUGCUGUGUGAGGCUAAAGGUUUGAUCUUCUACGACACUAAAGUCACUGUGAUGAACAGAGUAUUGAAUGCUACGGUGCAGCGAACAGCUGACCAUGCAGCUCCAGAAAUUACUCUGGACCCUCUUGAGAUUGUUGGAGGUGAGAUCAGAUCAUCAGAAAACACUUAUUUCUGCCAGGCAGCACGUCAGUUAUCUUGCGUGCCGUCAUCCCAGCUUUGUGUAAAGCUGGCCAGCGGAGGAGACCCAACCUACGCCUUCAAUAUUCGCUUCACAGGAGAAGAAGUUCAUGGCACAAGUGGCUCUUUCAGGCACUUCCUGUGGCAGGUGUGUAAGGAGUUGCAGAGCUCUGCGCUCUCCCUGUUGCUCCCCUGUCCCAGUGCUUCAGCCAACCGGAACAAGGGGAAAUACAUCUUGACUCCUUGCCCUAUCAGCUAUGCAGAGGAACAGCUGUUGCACUUCUUUGGUCAGCUGCUUGGCAUCGCCAUCCGCGCAGAUGUGCCCCUUCCUUUGGACUUGCUGGGUUCCUUCUGGAAGGGCCUGGUGGGCGAGCCUCUCGACCCAGAGCAGGAUUUGCAGGAAGCUGAUGUUCUCACUUACAACUAUGUCAAGAAGUUUGAAAAUGUGGCAGAUGAAAGUGAGCUGGAAGCUCUGUGUGCUGAAAUCUCCUCCCAGCACCAUUCGGGGGAAAGCCCCGAGUCCCCGAGCAGACCCUGCUGCACGUUUACCUACUACACCAUGACAGGUGAAGAGGUGGAGCUUUGUCAGGGAGGGCGGAGCUUCACUGUCAGCUGGGAGAACAAGGAUGUGUAUGCACGGGCGGUGAGGAGCCUCCGUCUCAGAGAGCUGCAGAAUCUGGAGUGCAUGACGGCGGUGCGGGCAGGACUUGGUUCCAUCAUCCCCCUGCAGCUGCUCACCAUGCUCAGCCCGCUGGAGAUAGAGCUACGCACCUGCGGCUUGCCUUACAUCAACCUGGAGUUCCUCAAGGCUCACACCAUGUAUCAAGUGGGUCUGAUGGAGACCGACCAGCACAUUGAGUUUUUUUGGACCGCCUUGGAGAUGUUCACUCAGGAAGAACUCUGCAAGUUCAUCAAGUUUGCAUGCAACCAGGAGCGAAUCCCAUUCACCUGCCCCUGCAGGGACGGUGGCCCAGACACAGCCCAUGUUCCCCCCUACCCCAUGAAGAUCGCUCCUCCUGAUGGGGCUGCAGGUCAGUCAGACUCCCGCUACAUUCGCGUGGAGACCUGCAUGUUCAUGGUCAAACUGCCCCAGUACACCUCUCUGGAUGUGAUGCUGGAGAAGCUACGCUAUGCCAUCCACUACCGCGAGGACCCUCUGAGUGGUUAAGAAGAGCUGAUGACCCAUCAUUCCCGUGUAUAUCUUACUUUUGACUCCUCCCCUUUAAAACCUCUGGCUCUGCUGCACCAACAAGCCUGAGUUACAAAAGAUAUUAUUUGUUUUUUCCCUACAGAUUUUUAUUGCAUUUAAUCCAAAAUUUAAAUUCCAUGAAUAGAGAAUUCAGGGAAGAUGAUCUAGAUCAGCACUGACUUUUCUGCAAAGAUUGAUGCCGGUUUGCACUGAAUAUGAAGACUGAAGUGAAAGCAACUGUCACAGGUUUUUUUUCUUUGCCUUCUUUUUUCUUUAUCCAUGCCUUUGCUGCAAGGGUCUUUACUGAGAGUGUUAUCCUGGCUAUAUGUGAGAUGAAAAAGCAAAAUGAUUGUCAUCACAUAACUUGACAUUGGAGGGUGAGGUACAAUUUCUUCCAGAAAAAGAGGAAACGUGUGGCUGCGCCUGUUUUUGAGCAGCUCCGAACAAAAAAAAGAAAUGCUGUACAGGACAAUAUGUCGUUUUACAGCCUGUUUGAAAACACAUCCUGCUAAUGGACAAAUAACUUAUGCCUAAAAGUACAUUUUAUUAGGGGUGUCAAAGAGAGGAUAUUCAAGGCAUGUAAAAAAAAAACAAAAAAAAAUUCAUUGAUUUUUUUUUUAGUUUUAUUGAAUCUUUUCUGUAAUAUCUGAGUUGGUGUGGCAGCAAAGGAGGGUUUUUCAGGUUCAUCCAACCUGUCUGGUUUUUGAAGGCGAUUUCAUGAGCUGCUCUUACAUUUAAUUUGUGUGUGUGCGCGCGUGUGUGCUACUGAAUGUGCAACAAGCCUGACUCCCCCCCUCACCAAGAAACAUCACAGUGAAGACGUACACUGGGGAGAGGAGGCAGGUUAUCCCAACUCCUGCCUUUUCUUUCAGAAACUGUCUUUUUCAUGCUAUCCAUCGUUAAUUCUGUAGCCUGUAAAUAGACUUAAGUUAUUUAUGAUGGCAGUUUAUUUUUUAAAUUUCAUCUUGAUUUAUUAUGCUCAUUGUUAACAGAAAACAAACAACAAAAAAAUGUUUUUUUUUUGUGAGUGACAUCAGCCUUUUACUUGAAUUGACAGCUGAAUCAAAAUUCUGCAGAGUGGAUUGUAGAAUCUGCUUGUGAGUUUUGCUUUUUGGUUCCGAUUUUUUCUUCUUCUUUUUCAAGGGUGAUAAGGCGCUGCUAUCAUGGAUGCUCUCUCUUUGAGUCCCCCUCACCUUCAUAGGAGGGGAAUGGUAUGUUAUAAAAUGGACAUAUUCCAUACAAAAGAGGUGUUGCGAUAAAAUAUGUGCUGUAUAUUUACUUGAUAUUUAUUACAGUUAUUUAUGGUUGCAUUAACUUAACUUCUUUUAUUGUCUUUCCUCUGCACACCAGAAGCGUAACAUAUCUAAAAUGAAUUAUACAGAUGUAAAAGAAAAAAACUGAAAUGGCAUUCAAGAUUUGUGUCAUAAUAAAGAAAUGUCUUCAUGUACAAACAUGGUUUGGAUGA